UGCCAGCCCUCCCCUCGCUUGGCUGCCCUUCCCCGGGGAAGCGAUAUGGAGGAGGAGGAGGAGGAGGUUCCGCGAAGGCGGCAGCUGCCGGACUCCAACGCCCGGUACCGGGACAGGAGCUUCUGGGACUCGCGGUACCAGGACGAAGGGGCGGCUCCGGCCGAAUGGUUCGGGGGCUUGGAGCGAUUCCGAGAGCAGCUGGAGGCGGAGCUGAGCCCGGGUGAUCGGAUCCUGGUGCUGGGCUGCGGGAACAGUGCUCUGAGCUACGACCUCUUCCAGCUGGGCUAUACAGACAUCACCAGCAUUGACUACUCACCCAUAUGCAUUGCAAGCAUGCAAGACCGCUAUGCCCAUUGCCCAGGCCUGCACUGGGCAGUGAUGGACGCCCGGGCCUUGACCUUUGUGGAUGGGAGCUUUGAUGUGGUGUUGGAGAAGGGCACUCUGGAUUCCAUGAUGGUGGAAGAAACAGACCCAUGGAACGUCUCCUCCGGGGCUAGGAUGCUUCUGGAUCAAGUGUUAACAGAGGUGAGCAGAGUCUUACGCCCUGGCGGCCGGUUCAUCUCCAUCACCUUCGCUCAGCCACAUUUCCGCAAGCGCCACUACGCCCAGCCGGCCUACGGGUGGUCCGUCCGGCACGCCACGUACGGGAGCGGAUUCCACUACUUCAUCUACGUCAUGCGGAAGGGCGAGGAGCUGUCCCCUUCCGACCUGGCCCUGGGGCAGAGCCUGCACCUGCCCCCCCGGACUCCGCCCCCUGUACGCUACCUCCAGGACCCAGACAGUGAGAAUUUUCUCUCUGCCAUUGACCUGUGAGCGGCUGGCAAGGAACGGGGGGCGGGGGGGGAAAGAGGGGGCACAUAA